CUGCGAACCACAAGGCCUUGGCCGGAUCAAACUUCACGUGACUGGUAAGGGGCGCGGCUUCCGGGAUGUGGCGCUUCGGUGCGCUCCAGGGGAGGUCCGCGGAGUCGCCCAUUUCCGGCCGCCUCAGAGCUUCUCAGGUGGAGACACAGAGCCAGGCCGUAGUUGCGGGACAAAGGGUGACGCCGAGAGUCGCAGUCAUGGCGUCGCCGGAGCCCAGCCUGGCGGCCCGGAGCCCCGCGGCGCCGCCCGAGCGACCGGAAGGAGCCGGUGACUGUGCCGACCCCGAGCCCGACUCCGUGAGCCCUGCGCCUCCGGAGCUCCCUGGCAUGCCCGCACCUUUGGACGCGGCGCCGCAGGUUGAAGCCGCCCCGCGGCCCAGUGCCUCUCGGCCGGGCCCCGAGACGUUUCGCCAGCGCUUCCGGCAGUUCCGCUAUCAGGACGCGGCGGGUCCGCGGGAAGCCUUCCGGCAGCUGCGGGAGCUGUCCCGCCAGUGGCUGCGGCCGGACAUCCGCACUAAGGAGCAGAUCGUGGAGAUGCUGGUGCAAGAGCAGCUGCAGGCCAUCCUGCCCGAGGCGGCCCGGGCCCGGCGGCUGCGACGCCGCGCGGAUGUGCGCAUCACUGGCUGAGCAGCGGAGCCGGGGACCCCUUGGACUGAUACUGUACCCUGAGUUAAUGAAAAUUGAAUUUUGACAGC